AUGGAGCAAAAACAGAUAUGCCGUUGGGCUGCACUUUCGCUUUCUAAUAUCGCAUCAGUCUUCUUUCCAGACAUCCUCGGUCGUGAGGACGCUGAAUUUGAGCACAAGCUGGUCGCGAUCAGUACGACUGGUUCAAAUCAACGUGCCCGGAGAUGGUUUAACGAGAACAAAAUUCCGGAUUCGGAGUCUAUAGUCGUCUACUAUUCGUGGCAGACGAUGCUGGAGCAAGCCGACUUUGACAUCGUUUACAUAUCAACACCUCAUCCGCUGCAUUAUGAAGAGAUAGUACAAGCCCUCGAAUUCAAAAGAAACAUUCUUGUCGAGAAGCCAGCAACCAUGAAUGCUGCGCAAUAUCGAAGAUGCAUCGAACUUGCAGAGCGGCAGGGCGUCGUGCUCAUGGAAGGAAUGUGGACACGAUAUCUCCCCGCAACUAGGCAUUUGAAAGAAGAACUCUUACCCAAAGUAGGGGAAGUAAGGAGAGUGUACUCUGAUUUCUCAUUUCCUAUAGUCGGACCUGACCUCUCAAAUACAUCUCGAUUUCUAGACAAAGCAGCGGGUGCCGGGGCAUUACUAGACCAGGGUGUCUAUGCAUUGACUUGGGCGGACCUUGCCCUGAAUGGUGUCAAAGCUGGCGAAACCAGUGUACUAUACUCUAACUCCCGGAGCGUUCCUGGGCGGCCUAGCGAGGUUGACGAUAUCAACACUGUCGUCCUUGCGAACAAGAGCGCCACCGCAAUCAUCACGACCAGUAUGACUGUUCCGGGAUCUAGCAAGCCGCCAUUCUACGUACGUCUCGGUGCUAAGAAAGCAGCGCCCUCUGUUAGAAUUGAAGCCACAGAGGCAUCAAUUGCAAUCCCUUUUCCACCUAUUCGGCCUGAAGAAUUGCAUGUACAAUGGUAUGGCUAUGAUCACCUGAAGGAGGAUGGCACAGAGCGAAAUGAGACCAUCAUAAAGCCUGUCAGGGGCUGGGGGAUGUGGUACCAGGCGGAUGUCAUCGGGGCAGCAGUAUUUAAGCAGCGUCCCGGCGUGAUUGGGGCUGAGGAGAGUCUGAGGGUACUGGAAUGGAUGGAUGAGGCUAGACGGCAGGCAGGAAUAACAUAUGACCAGAAGCUGGAGCAGUUGUAG